ACAAAAACAGAUUGGCAGGAUGACUAGAAUAGACUGAUGAGCUGCUGCUUAUCACCGUUAGACAGUACUGUAGCAUCAUGCUAAGCUAAUACAUUCUAAUUCCGGCUAUAUUACACCAAAUAUUGGUUAUAUUAGGUAUAACGAGUGAGGCUGCUACAGGCGGGUAUGGUAAGGCUAUCUGAAGAAAAGGGGAUAACAUCCACAUCCUAAACUGGAGAAUAACAGUGCUGGGCUAAAUAGUGAGAUAAAGGAAUGAGAGGCAGGCACGCAUAGCACUGCCACUUCCCAGCACAUUAUUCCUGCAUCCAAAUGAUCAACAAGGCUCUCUGACCAGACAUGGGGAACAUCAGGACCAGCCCAGUCUCUAUGCCAGCGAAUGGAGAAGACACCAACACCAGCUCUGACCCCUUUCUGAGAAACAACGAUACCCUGAGAGUCCUUUCUGACUACCCCUCAGCAGACGUUAGUGAAAGCCUGGUAGUCUUAUCUGACUACCCCUCAGCAGACGUCAGCAUGCCACUCUUCAGGAUAGGAGAGAGACUGAGACUCCUGGCAGAGGAGGGUUACUGGUGGAGGGCUCGUUCUGUCCAAACAGGAUAUGAGAACUACAUCCCUAAUAACCAUGUGGCCAAGGUCUAUCACGGCUGGUUGUUUGAAGGGGUGGCCCGACCCAAAGCAGAGGAACUGCUUCGUCUGCCCGGAAACAGAGCUGGCUCCUUCAUGAUAAGAGAAAGUCAAAAAGGAGUGUAUACCCUGUCUGUACGGCACAGGGUUAUGGUACACUAUCGUAUUAUCCGCCUUCCCAACAACUGGUACUACAUCUCUCCUGGUCUAACCUUCCAGUGUCUAGAGGACCUCGUCAACCACUACUCUGAUUGUGCAGACGGCCUGUGCUGUAUUCUCACCACCCCCUGUCAGGCUGUAACCAAUGGCAACCUCAACCUGGCCUCCCAGGCACCCCCUGUGGUGAUGCACAACAACUUCGACUGGAAAGACAUCAACAGCUCGGAGCUGACAGACCAGCCUCAUCGUUACCCCGGCAACAGAGACUCUAUGAUCAGCUUUGGCUUGCGGAACACAGUCUCCUCCUACAUGUCUCUGGGGGACAUGAGGAAGGAGAGGAAGAGCAGCAGCUGGAGGAGGCAGAAGAGGAGGAGCAGUGUGUGUGUACCUCCCGGUAACGGUCACGGACUCAGCACUACAGCACUGGAAGAGGAAGAGGGGGAGUACGCACAAGCCAUCCACCUGAACUCUUAAGACUGGAUAUGGGCUUAAAUGUAUAGAGAGGACAUAUCCUGCUGUAUAGAGAGGACAUAUUCUGCUGUAUAGAGAAGACAUAAUCCUGCUGUAUAGAGAAGACAUAAUCCUGCUAUAUAGAGAAGACAUAAUCCUGCUAUAUAGAGAAGACAUAAUCCUGCUGUAUAGAGAAUACAUAAUCCUGCUG